CCGAAGUAAAUGCUCGGACGGACUUUCUCGCUGAGGCUUCUUUAUCGUCCCUGGUAAUAGAAUAAAGGAACCGACGACGCAAUGGAAAUUCUCAGUUUUUGCAUAAUUGACGUACUCUCGGCCGCGCGACGCUGAAUUAUUUUACGCGGGGUAAUGCGAUUUAAAUACGGUAGAGGGCCGGAGAAGAUGUUUCCGCGAGCUACGUGGGCAGAAUGUAGAUUUCAGUUUCAUCGUCCGUUUCCUGGCCGCACAUUUUUCACCGUUCCGAAGGGGAGGAAUCGCGAGAAAACACGGAGAAGAUACAGUCGCCGAUCCGACGAUCAGGUCUCUGAAAGCUUAACGUGUCGUUGACAAAUGUUUAAAAGAAUGUAACCAUUUCACAGAACCGGAAUUUUGUAUUAGGUCAUUCCAUAAGUUGUGUUUAUAUUUCCCGCGUUACGUUUUGUAAUCGCAGAGGGAUACAAAGUCUUGGAUGACUAAACUUUUAUUCUUCAGCUCAGUCAGUAGAAGGCAUUCCAGAGCGACAGGUCGUGAAGUUAUAAGAAUUGUAUAUUUAACCUGUUGACUGUGGAAAUUAAUUAAAAAAAUCUCUCGUCUUGCACGCAAUAAAAUUAAAAGUGAACUAUACACUCGUCAAACGCAGGACGAAUACACAUAGGGUAUAUUUUAAUUCAUCUAGGAAGAAUUAGUAUCAUUUCAUGCUUCAAGAUGACGUGUAUACUCGUCAAACGCAGUUAACGGCUUAAUAAAAUAUCAUUUUAUGAAGUAGAAUAACAAACGGCAGGAACUUAUGGGACGACCAAAUAUUUAUUGGAAACAGAAACUGAAGUAAGGACAAAAAUUGAAAAACUGAUUAAUUGGACAAUAUAAGAAUUUAUGUGAAGUUAGAUAAACAAAAGAAAACACGGGGUUUUAGUCGAAUUUUAAAUUUGGAAAAGACCGGUUCGCGGUACGGUUAGUGUUUACACGUUUAAGACAUAUUAAAUCGAAGGUAUCCUCAGCAGUUGACAACGUUUGUGAUAUUACAAUAGAGAAGGGUUUAAGAACUUUAUCUGGAAACUUGUGACUCGAGAUUGGACUAAAAUAAUGCAUCGGCUGAAUUUUACGGCGCGGCAGACUUUAAAAUUUCCUGUUUGGAAAGGAGUGCGCGCUGUAAGCAAUGGAAACGUGUCGCUAUUGUCUCGCGACUGAGCUAUCGCGGGGGAGAAAAAGUCGUUCCACGUCCCUGGGGAUUUCUCAGAAAGAUCCAUCUAAUAUCCACGAAACACCAAGAUGACCACCACCACAGGCGAUCCAUCGACUUUGAAGACACCAGCCUCGUUGUCCGGCGGCGACCUGGUCUCCCGUCUGCUGGCAGCGACGCCUCCUUACCUGUACAACAUGCCACUGACACCGCACAGCUUCUUCUUCAGUGAGAUGCUGCGCUCGUUCGUGCAAGCUAAGGCGGAAGCGACAUCAGCAGGGACAGGCACGAGCAGCGCGCCGAGACGUCGAAAAAGAUCGUGGCGGGAGGCGCGGGACCGUCCUCUGGAGCUGACUACGAAGGAGAGGCAGCACCAUCAUCACCAUCAUCACCACCAUCAUCACCAGCAGCAGCAGCAGCAGCAGCAACAACAGCCGGAGAAGUAUUUUCACACGCAACAGCCACAGCAGCCGGAUACCCGGCUGGAGAACAGGGGCAAGCCGACCGACACGUACGAUCCCGAAAACAAGAUGGCAGCGUUCGAGCAGAAGCCGAGCUUCGGCGGUGACAUAUUGAAGCCCGUAGACGAGAACAGGUCGGACUUCAGUAAACAGAGCAAAAACUACUUCGACGAACGGCCGCGCCAUUUCGAGCAGACACAACCACCGGAGAGCAUAUUCUCCAGCGAACUGCAGAAGGUUAAACCGGAAGAGACCCAUUCGAUAGAUCGCAAGAACUGCAAUUACAACGACAGAAGUCCUUACGAGGAGCGUACGAAAAGCGCGAUAGGUAGUCAAGAGCUGCCUCUGUUACCUGAUCAGAAAAAGCUAGACUUCUCCAGGAGCUUUCUGCCUGGGCUACCUGGAAGGGGCUGCGAUAUGCUUCAAGGGGUUAAAGGAUUCGGUCUACCGGGGAAUGUGACGAACCCGGAAUUCCUGCCUAAUCCGCUUUGGUACCCGCCGUACCCGAUGCCACAGUCUUAUCCCGGCAUAGAUCCGUUGCAUUUUUUCAUUGAUCUCCGCGUGUCCGGUCACAUCUGGGACCGGAAACUGAGCGAGAGGCAGCUGCCGUUCAAGGGGAAGCACUGUUCCGCGUUCAGCGUGCCGCAGUCGAAGGAGUACAGCAGCAAUAGACCGUUAAAUCUGACGAGGGACGAGGCGAGCACGUCCAGGAGUGGCGAGGAGAACUCACACGGCACUAAUUACAUUCUUCGACACUUGACCAGGACGUACAGGAAUAUCGGCCAGGCGCAGAAAGUGUCCAGAGGCGAGACUUCGAUCGAGGAGAGCGAAGACAGCCCGAAGGAUAUUGAUAGUAACGAUAGAUUCCCGAAAGCGGAAACGCCUGGCACCUCGUCGUCGAACCAAGAGGAAGGGAGGAAGGAUCUGCGGGCUCUGAUCGGCCUCGAGCUGGUCGUUGACUACGUGAAAGAGCCAAAGGGAGAACCAUCGAACGAGCAGACUUCGCAAGUAACCGAAUAACUCGUGAAAAUCGAACGACUCACUUCCGUUCUCGCCUGUAUAAAUAGAUGUAGCUCCGGCUUCGCUCGGCCACCGUCAUUCAUGGUAAUAUAGGAAGCUCUGAACUUUAUCGACCGGUCGUCAGAAACGAACCGAUCCACCAUUCCCCUUUACAAUAUACGACAUCGACGAGUGAUUAUAGCGAAGUGAAAAAGAACUUUCGAUCUAAAGGUGCAGAUGCACUAGCAAGUCAUUUGGGACAUUUCUUUCCGAUAGCGACUUGUAGAAGUGUUUCUAUUCUAUUUUAUUCUAUUUUAUUCUAUUUUAUUCUAUUUUAUUCUAUUUUACUCUAUUUUACUAUAUUUUAUUCUAUUUUAUUCUAUUUUAUUCUAUUUUACUCUAUUUUACUCUAUUU